AUUGCCUUCAGUGUCACCUAAUCCAGUUGAGCUCUUACUGGCUCUCUCAUGGGUCACGGGCUUUGAGGACACAGGCUGCUGGGGUGUCUGUGCCUGCUAAGGGUCCAGAGACUGCGCUGGGCCCAGGGAAUGAGAGUGGUGGCAGGAAAGGGAAGGGGCCUUGUGGACUCAGGUGCUGGGCAGCGAGUGCUUAGUGACAAACAGUAAACAAAGACAGCGGCAACAGCACUGGUGGCAGGCAGCUCAGCAUACAGACUUGCAAGAGAGUCUGUUGGAAAGCUGUCCCAUGACGAAGGCCUAGACCAGAUCACAGAGACUUUCGGAUGCAAGCUUUGACAAAGGACACAGGCAUGAGCCUGUCCUCUGUGACACUGGCCAGUGCCCUGCAGGUCAGAGGUGAAGCUCUGUCUGAGGACGAAAUCUGGUCCCUCCUGUCCCUGGCUGCGGAGCAACUCCUGGAAGACCUUCGUAAUGAUUCCUCAGAUUAUGUGGUCUGCCCCUGGUCAGUUCUGCUUUCUGCGACAGGAAGUCUUUCCUUCCAAGGCCAUGUUUCUCACAUUGAGGCUGCUCCUUUCAAGGCCCCUGAACUGCUACAGGGACAGAGUGACGAUGGGCAGGCUGAUGCAUCUCAGAUGCAUGUUUAUUCAUUAGGAAUGACCCUCUACUGGUCAGCAGGGUUUCAUGUUCCACCAAAUCAGCCUCUGCAGCUGUGCGAGCCCCUGCACUCCAUUCUGUUGACCAUGUGCGAGGACCAGCCUUGUAGGCGGCGACCAUUGCAAUCAGUUCUGGAGACUUGUCAUGUUCAUGAGAAAGAAGUGGCUGUCUACCCAGCCCCUGCCAGUCUCCACAUUAGACGGCUGGUUGGUUUGGUUCUAGGCACCAUCUCCGAGGCAGAGAGAAGAGUUGUGGAAGAAAGCGCCUCUGUGCUGCAGAACAGAAGCUAUCUGCUCAGGAAGAGGCUGCAUGGGACAAGUCAUGGGAGCCCAGCAGCACAGGCCCUUGCAGGUCCGCAUCCUUGCAGAGUUUCAGAAAGAAGCACAGAAACCCAGAGCUCCCUGGAGCCCCACUCAAGUGCCUCAGCACACAGCCACUGCAGCCUCUUUGCUAACCGUUCUAUUCCAGGGGCAGAUCCCCAGGACCCUCAGGAAGGCCGGCGGCUCAGCUCUGGAUCUGCACACUCAGUGACAGAAAGCUCAUGGCCCACGACUCCUCAAAGGGGCUUCCUGCAAAGAAAGGGCAAGUUUUCCAGGCCAGAGUUUGUCUUGCGGGCUGGAGAGGCCCCCGUGACCCUACAUCUGCCUGGAUCAGUUGUGACCAAAAAAGGGAAAUCCUAUUUGGCUCUCAGGGACCUCUGUGUGGUCCUGCUGAAUGGAAAACGUCUGGAGGUGAAAUGUGACAUUGAGUCAACAGUGGGAGCUGUCUUCAAUGCUGUGAUGUCUUUUGCCAACCUUGGGGAAUUCACCUACUUUGCCUUGGCUUGCAUGAAAGGUAAAGAGUUCUUUUUCCUGGAAAAUGAGACCAGAUUGUGCAAAAUAGCCCCUGAAGGCUGGAGUGAGCAGCCCCAGAAGACCUCCAUGAAUACCUUCACACUCUUCCUGAGGAUAAAGUUCUUCAUCAGCCACUAUGGGCUGCUCCAGCAUAGCCUGACAAGGCAUCAGUUUUACCUGCAGCUUCGGAAAGACAUCCUGGAAGAGAGGUUGUACUGUAAUGAAGAGACGCUGCUGCAGCUGGGGGUUCUUGCCUUGCAGGCUGAGUUUGGCAAUUACCCCAAGGAGCAGGUAGAGAGUAAGGCGUACUUUCGAGUUGAAGAUUACAUCCCAGCAAGUCUGAUCGAGAGAAUGACUGCUUUCCGAGUCCAAGUCGAAGUAGCAGAGAUGCACCGGCUCAUUUCUGCAGUCUUGGGAGAGGAUGCUGAGCUAGAGUUCUUGAGGAUCACUCAGCAGCUCCCAGAAUAUGGUGUGCUAGUUCACCAAGUAUACCCAGAGAAGAAGAGGCCAGAAGAGGAGAUGGCCUUGGGGAUCUGUGCCAAGGGUAUCAUAGUAUAUGAAGUGAAAAACAACAGCAGAAUUGCAACUUUACGGUUUCAGUGGCGAGAAACCAGGAAGAUUUCGACUUAUCAAAAAAAAUUCACCAUCACAAGCAGUGUCACUGGGAAGAAGCACACUUUUGUCACUGACUCAGCUAAGAACUGUAAAUAUUUGCUGGGCCUCUGCUCUGCCCAGCAUGGGUUUAAUGCACAGAUGAGCUCUGGGCAGUCUCCUCAAGUUUUAACUGACCGUGAUAAGUUUGUGCAAAUGGCCAAUCUGAGUCCUGCACACCAAGUCCAGUCCAAGCCUCUCAUUUGGAUUCAGAGAUUGUCACAUUCAGAAAAUGAGUUGUUGGCACCCAGGCUGCAGGGCGCAGCAGGAGGCCUGCUGAGUACCUCAUUGGAUAACUUCAACGUGGAAACCAGCAAGGAAUCUGGGGCAGAAGCCCUUGGGGGCAGCCGCAACACUGGCCGGGAGCAGCUGGAGAGCACCUGUUUGAUUCAGAAGCCAACGACUGGUGACCCCCUCUUUGGGCUGCCUGUUCAGAGCAUGCAUGCAGGGUUGCAGAAUAAUAGGGGGAGGAGCUUUACAGCUGAACCAGGCCAAGAAAUCGUGCAUGUGGCACUGAAACGUGAUCCACAUCGUGGUUUCGGUUUUGUCAUUAAUGAGGGCGAGUAUGUAGUCCAAGAUGGCACUGGCAUUUUUAUAUCUUCUAUUAUACCUGGGGGACCAGCAGAAAAAGCUAAAAAGAUUAAACCAGGAGGACAGAUCCUAGCUCUGAAUAACAUCAGUCUGGAGGGCUUCACAUUCAACAUGGCUGUUAGAAUGAUUCAGAAUUCUCCUGACAACAUAGAAUUAACCAUUUCUCAGUCAAGAG